UGGCCUGCCGGGGGCGUGGCGGAGCGUCUGCGCAGCUGCCAGAGCCUUUAAGCCCGGGCUCGCGCGGCCGCAGCGUGCUUUCGCUGCCCGGGAGUCUUCCGGCUCAGCAGUCCGUGAGGUCCCGCGGUCCCCGCCCCUCCGGUGUCCCAGGAGCCCGCUCGGUCCGGAGCCGCGUGCGGUGCGUUCGGGCAUGCCCCGCUACGAGCUGGCUUUGAUCCUGAAAGCCAUGCAGCGGCCAGAGACUGCUGCUGCUUUGAAACGCACGAUAGAAGCCCUGUUGGACAGAGGGGCGAUAGUGAGGAACCUGGAAAACCUGGGGGAGCGAGCACUUCCUUACAGGAUCUCGGCCCACAGUCAACAGCACAGUCGAGGAGGGUAUUUCUUGGUGGAUUUUUAUGCACCACCAACAGCUGUUGAAAGCAUAAUGGAGUACUUGUCUCGAGACAUUGAUGUGAUUAGACCGAAUGUUGUAAAACACCCUCUGACCCAGGAAGUAAAAGAGUGUGGAGGGAUUGUCCCGGUCCCACUUGAAGAGAAACUCUAUUCCAUGAAGAAGAGGAAGUGAGAAGAUUCACCAGAUUUUAGCCUUAUCUCUCACUUUUGAGCAUCGUGGAUUAAUAAUUUACAAGCUUGACCUUUAUACAAGAGUGUGUUCCAGGUGCCAUUUGAUUUUUAAAAGGUAUUUUUUGGCUCUUGAUUCCCUUUGCUCUGAGAGGUGUGGGAAUGGCUUGCUUAGAGCCACUUUGUCAUCUGUGGUCCCAGUACACUGGUUUUGAUUUUGUUUCAUUAGUGUGAUUUCUUUGUCAGUGAGGACUUUGUGCCCUGCAACGACACCAAUAUCAUCUUGAAAAGCAAAACUCAGGAAAACUGCCUUGGAUCGCGAGCCAGUCAUUCAGGCUGUAUAACCAUGCAAAAUAAAAUUUUAAGGCCGCUGCAUUAUGUGAGUAACUUCUUACCAGAGUAAAACAUGAUUUUAAAAAACUG